ACACGUGCUUGUUCACGCGGUGUCGAGGGCUUCCGGGAAAAGAAUGGCUGCUCCCAUGCAGUUGUACUGUUGGAAAGGCGAUUAUGGAUUACCGUCGGUUGAUAUCGACUGUUUAACUGUGCUGGCCUAUGCCAAGUUUGCAGGCGCCCCACUCAAAGUUCACAAGCUCACCAACCCCUGGAGGAGUCCCACAGGAAUUCUGCCUACAUUACAGACCAGAGGGGAAGGGAGUGUUUCCCAGCCCAGUAAGAUCAUCAUUCAUCUCAGGAAACAGAAAUACAACGCAGACUAUGACCUGUCAGCUAAGGAGGGUGCAGACACACUGGCCUUUGUCUCUCUGCUGGAGGAGAAGCUGCUCCCAGCUCUGAUUUACACACUGUGGAUCGACAGCAAGAACUACGUGGAUGUCACCCGGCGCUGGUACGCAGAAAAUGUCCCCUUCCCCCUCAACUUCGUGCUGCCCAACCGCAUGCAUGCUCAGAGGUUGGGGCGGCUCCAGCUGGUCAGGGAGGACCCCGCACUGGAGCCCGGUGAGCAGCUUGAACAGGAGCUCUACCAGGAAGCAUUGGAGUGCAUGACUCUACUGUCACAGAGGCUCGGCUCACAGAAGUUCUUCUUUGGAGAUUCGCCGUCCGCGCUGGAUGCGUAUGUGUUCGGGCACCUGGCUCCCCUGCUGAAGAUUAAACUCCCAAACAGGAAGCUCCAACAAUACCUCAGCUCCCUGGAGAACCUGCAGCUCUUCUGCACUAACAUCCUGGCACUUUACUUCCCCUCCGAGAUCCAAGCAGCUCCAGUCCAUACGGCACCAACGCAGGCUGAUGGCGGAGACAUGGACCAUGAACCCCACAAGAGGUGGAACCAAGUCAUGUCCGUCCUGUUUGCCAUGGGGGCCAUGCUGGGUUAUGCCAUCCUCACUGGCAUCAUCACCAUCAAGAGCGCCCAUCCACAUCUACAGGAGUCCAGGCAUGAUGACGUUGACGAGGAGGGGGAGGAGGAGGACUAAAAAAAUGGAAGUGUGUCAGUGGGUGACCAAUGUGUGGACAGGCUGCCGUCAGUGGGUGCCGGCCUGUUGUUCAAAGAUGGCCUGUUCUUUUUGGAGGUUCUACUUAAAUCUCCCGGAACUGCUCGAUGAAGGUGUCUGUGAGCUUGUUUUAGCAGACGAUCCCCGUGGUGCUCAUUUGUUUUCAAAUUUUUUAAAGGUUCGUUACCAUUAAACAAUUAUUUUUAAGAUUAAUAACUAGUAUUAUUUUAAAGAUUUCAUUGUCCUUGUUUAAAAUACUGGUGCCAAUGUUGUUGGUAUCAUACCAGAACCUAAAAGAGAAAAGCUUUAUUUGGAGUAAAGAUAUUUUUUGUUUAUUCGUUUUUCUGCUUUUUUCCUUCAGUUGGGCUUAUGGAUUUUUAAUUGAUAUCAGGCUCAUUAAAAACAUCUUUUAACAGAUUUAUGUUUUGCUUAGAUCUGUUUGAUGCAUAUAGGACACUGCUCAGACAACAAGAUGUCUUACAAACACAGUCUCAUGUAACCUCUUGUUUUAAAACAAUGGAAUACACACAUUUAUUGACCAAA